UGCCAGGCUAACGAGUGUAAACUUCACAUGCUUCGAAUCUCCCAAUUCACCUACCGCGUCCUCACCAUAAAACUCCGCCUGCAGUCCGCUCAGAUCUUCUUACUCAACAUCCUCUCCCACUUGGCUCUAACUUCACACGAAGUCGAGCACCAUGGCGAAUCGCAUGGACUUGUUCCUCGAGAUGAUCGGCGGUGAGGAGGCACUGCCGCGGAAACUGACACCCCCUCCACCAGAAGAGAAAGAAGAACCCGAACGACCGAGCUCCAUCUGGGACACAGAUUACCAGACCGAAAUGUACCUAAAUCUACCACGCGCUCCUGGAGUGACAGAGGAGCUGGUGCGCUUCAACUACGAAUCGCGCCCGAGACCUUUUUAUUCAGGACCGUCUUCAGGAACGUCUCCAGGAAAGUCUUCAGGAACGCCUUCCGGCACGUUGAGCGCUGACGUGAAGGUUCCGUUCGAUGUGAAGAAGGGUGAGCGCCUUCCCGCUGGGACUGCCUUGUCGCCCUUCAUCGCAGUCACCAAGUACUGCUACAAGUACGUGCCGAAACAGUGGUCGCAGACGCUCGCGACUGCUUUCUUCGACCAGGACAAGAUCUAUGAUCGUGAAUGGGACAUCUACUACAUCACGACCCACUCGCACGGCCUGCACACAUUUGUGCGCGUCGACCAGUUCCAAGAGCUCAUCGACCAGAUCAACGCCAAAUUCCAGGACGCGAACAUCGCCAUCGACGACUGGCAGCGGGAGAACGGCUUCGUGCUUGACUUCACCGAUCUGCCUGACAACCUGCAGCCGCGCUUCCUUGGGCGCUGCACAUCGCGCGCGACCUAUCUAUCCUGGGUCGCAAAACUACAACACGAGCCAAACAUGGUCUUGUCUACCGUGCCGACCAGCGAUCGCAGCGCUGAAGCCUUCAAGGCGAGACUUGACGCCGCAGCCGCGUUGUCGAAGGCGAAGCAGAAGUCGAACCGGGCGAAGAAGCAUGCCGAGAUCUUAGUCAAGCGACAGGACAUAGUCAGACAGGCAAUUCGAGGCCAGCAGUACUUCGGACUGCGCCCAGCGAACGACACGGAGUUGACGUCGCCGGAGGUCGCCAGCCCGAUCGCCGCCGACAAGCCUGCACCGUACGCAUUCGACCGGGAGCCAGUCCUCAUCGCUCUCGAUUGCGAAGCCUUCGAGCGCCCUCCGCACAUGAUCACUGAAGUCGGCCUGGCGACACUGGACACGCGUGAUCUGAAGGGCGUGGCGCCUGGCGAGAAUGGGAAGAACUGGCACCAAUUCAUUCGCGGCCGCCACAUUCGCGUACUCGAAUAUCAGAACUACAAGAACUCGGAUUUCGUACAAGGCUGCUCCGGUGCAUUCGAGUUUGGCAACAGCGAGUUCGUAUCCAAGAACUCCGUCGCCAGCGUCCUAGCAGCAUCCUUCCAGGAACCUUUCUCAGGACCGAUGAAGCCGGACCAGUUCCCAUCUCUUCCACCCCCUGGCCGAAAAGGCGCAUUCAACCCAAUCAACAGUAGUGCUUUAACCAACACGGGCGAGUUGCGCAACAUCAUCGUCGUCGGCCACGACCUAGCAGGAGACGUCAAAUACUGCGAACAGCUCGGCUUCCACAUCUUCAACCGCGGAAACAUCAUCGACACCCUCGAUACCGUCGAUCUCUUCAAGCAGUACAUGCGAGAGCCAAACCCCCGAUCCCUAGGCAGUAUCCUUGCUCAUUUCGAUCUGGCCGGUUGGUUCCUUCACAACGCUGGCAACGACGCCAUGUACACCAUGCAAGUUCUGCUGGCCAUGUGCGUCAAAGCUGCUUCAGAGAACGGCACAGAAGCCGAAGCACAGAAGGUUCAGGAGAAUUUCGAGAAGAGAUUCGAAGAGUCGAUGGAGAUCGCCAAGGAGCGGGCUCAGGGUGAUGCAGAGGGCUGGGAUCUCGUUGGUGAAGAUGUCGGUGUUGCGAAGAAGCCGAAUCAGUGGGACUUCCAACCGAAGCCGAAAGAUCCAAAGGGACGCGAUCGUCAGAGUGGUGGUGGAUUGUACACUAUGGGAGGCGCACCUCUCGACGUCUAAGCGAAUCUUGGAAGUUCCUCGACAAAGGACAACCGUGUCGCAGCCAGGGCUUGCAGUGCAACCGUGCCUGGGCAUGGAGAGUGAGGAGACCUCACCGUCCUUUCGGCAAAGUGGUGCUUUUGGCGUUUGCCUUUGUAUGAUAAUAUGAUCAUUCGACCUGGCCCCGCAUAGAGCGGGCAGAUAGGAGUCGCCAUGAUUUGGCUCCGACGUGUACC